CGUAAGCAUGCGCAUUGACAGAAGCCGUCACCGCAGUCCAGUGUGUUGAGUAGAAGCCGAGUGGGGACAAUAGAUUAAAAAUAGAAAAGUACCGGUGAUAAAGGCGGAGAUAAGGAGCAGAACGAGAGACGGUGGAGAGAUGGAUCAGUUGGAGCGUCCCCAAGAUGACAACGCACAGGAGACAGAUUGUCACGUCGACAAUGCCGAUGGAAACAACAACAACAACAACCGGCGCAAGACGGUGUGUCCAGGUGCAGGUGAGCACCCCCUGCAGUAUAACUACACCUUCUGGUACAGCAGGAGGACCCCGAGUCGACCUGCCAGCUCUCUGAGCUACGAGCAGAACAUACGACAGAUCGGCACCGUGGCCUCGGUGGAGCAGUUCUGGAGGUUUUACAGUCAUCUGGUGAGGCCAGGUGACCUGAGCGGCCACAGCGACUUCCACCUGUUCAAGGAGGGCAUCAAACCCAUGUGGGAGGGACAACUCGAGCUUCAGGAACACCAAGAUCUCUGUCUGAGGUCACCGGGGUCAGCCGAAUGGCCCUCUGACCAAUCAGGAACUGACGUGGUGUUACUCUGCUCUCUCAUUGGCCAGACGAUGGCCACAUGGACCAAUAAACUGACUGAACUGGACUGA